CGAUCGCAAACUUAACAGAGUCUGGUAUAAGCUGUUACACACCCACUGGGGAAGAAGGCAUUUGUAUAACUGCCAAGCAAUGUCCAUUUGUAAUUGAUCUUCUAAAGCAAUAUAACGAUAAGGUUCCGCGUAUUAUACAGAACCAGAUUAGAGAAUUGGCCUGUGAUGGCGAGGAAGGAGUUAGAUUCGCAAUCUGCUGUCCUAACACACCGAAGGUUAUACUUGAGGAGCAUGUUGAGCCGCAAAACCUCAGCUUCGUAGAUCCCAAAGGCAUGAAAAUACUCGAUUCUGUUACCCACUGUGGACAAAGAAUACCAGGAGCCGAAAGUCUUAUAGUGGGGAGCUAUGGAGAGCUUACACGAAAAGGAGAAUUUCCCUGGAUGGUGCUGUUGAAAUACGAGACAUCAGGCCGACCUUUUCUUUGUGGCGGAAGUUUGAUCACAGGUCGGUUCGUCUUAACUGCAGCUCACUGUACCACAGCUCCCACUAAGCUUAUUGGCGUUCGUUUGGGAGAGCACAAUCUCGAUACUGAUAAUGAUUGCAGCAUUUGGGUUGGAUAUAAAACGGACUGUCUGCCACCCUAUGAGGAGUUUGGCAUCGAGGAUAUUCGACCACAUCCCAAAUUUGAAAUACACACCAAUAGUUAUGAUAUAGCGUUGAUUAAGCUUAAUCAAUCCGUCACAUUUAAACCUCAUAUCAGGCCCAUCUGUCUGCCCAUUGAUAAAGAGUCUAAAGACAUUGCCUUCGAUCAGAGCUUCUACAUCGCCGGAUGGGGUACAACAGAGAAAGGAAUGGCAUCUCAUAUUCUUCUAAAAGCGGUGGUUGAACGACAACAUCUCGAUGUUUGUCGAAAAUACUAUAAUAAUGCCACAUUCACUAAAAAUCAUAUUUGCGCCGUAAACGAUCGCAAGCAGGAGACGUGUCGAGGUGACUCAGGAGGUCCGCUUUUCUUCCUAAAUCACUUUAAAAAGACAAUUAGAUUUGUUCAAUAUGGCGUUAUAUCUUUCGGAGGUCAGUCCUGUGGCAUCUACGAAAACCAACCUGGCGUAUUUGCCUCGGUUCUCGACAUGUUGCCUUGGAUAACACAGAAUGUCUAUUAAGUAUGUUUUGUUAAUAAAUUAGAAAUUUUAUUUAAUGUUCCAAUUCAUUUAUUUGAACAUUAAAACUGAUUAUUUCAACAAAAUUUUAA